AUGGACACUUCGCCCACACUGCCAAAGUCCGCACCGCGCCCUGCACAAUACAAGCCAGUCUCAGACUCCACCGAAGCGGCGGGCGCAGGCUGGUGCGACCCACCGCCGGGGUUCCACAUGGCGCCGCAAACCCUAAAUUUGGACCCGAAGAAUGAUCGAGCGUGGCACCAGAAGGAGAACAAAUUGAGGGUCGAUCCCUCGUCGAUGCAUGUCUGCUCACUGACAGAAAGCUUCACCAUUACCUCUCACACGACCUUGUUGAAUUCCAUCAAAAUGCCUUCCUUCCCUCAAUUAGCGCAUCUGAACCCCUUCACGCGGCCACUGACCCCGGCGGACGUGAAAAGCUGCGUGACUGUUGAAAGCGCCUUCCCUGAACAAGAACGUUGCUCGGAGGAGAAGUUCCUAUACCGUCUCAACAAAUGCUCCGACCUCUGCCUCGGUCUAUUCAUCCACCCUUCUGAGACGCAAACACCCCAACUCAUCGCCCAUGUCAUCGCCACCAGAACCUCCUCAACGCGAGUCACGGAUGGGAGCAUGGAAAUGCCCGAGAACUGGACGUCGCUACCCGCCGACGAGGUCGUGACUGUCAUUGGCGAAGCUGUCGGUAGUGAGUCCCAUGGCGGCAGCGUCGCUGUUCAUUCUUUGGCCGUUGUGCCGGAAUAUCAGGGCAAGGGUGUCGGACGCGCUCUCUUCAAUGCGUACAUUGAGUAUAUCAAGUCUGGGGCGGUACGAGCGGACCGCAUCGUUGUUAUUGCGCAUGAUCAUUUGAUUCGGUUUUAUGAGAGCUUUGGGUUUAGGAAUGAGGAGCCCAGUGCUUGUGCGUUUGGUGGUGGAGGCUGGUUUGAUAUGGAGUUGAAGGUCUAG